AUGGAUUCCAACCAGUCGCAGGGCUCGGGGUCGAGCAGUUCGAGCGAUUUUGUUCGAAAGUUGUACAAAAUGCUCGAAAACCCGACAGACGAGAACGUAGUACGGUGGGGGAAUGACGGUGACAGCUUUGUUGUGCUGGAAAACGAGAAGUUCACGAAGCACAUCCUUCCCAAGCACUUCAAGCACAGCAAUUUCGCGAGCUUUGUCAGACAACUGAACAAAUACGACUUCCACAAAGUUAGGCACAACAACGAGGAGAAUGGGCAGUCGCCGUACGGGCCUGGGGCAUGGGAGUUCAAACAUCCGGAUUUCAAGAUGAACAAUAAAGAUGCGCUGGACAAUAUUCGACGGAAAGCACCAGCUCCCCGCAAGGCCAAUCAGCCGAACGAGGAGUUGAUAAUACCCGCCCAACAGAUGGAUAUGAUGAGCAACCAGCUAGUCGCGACCCAAGCCCAGCUGCAUGCAUUAGAGAACCGUUACAAUGAGCUGAGCAUCCAUCACUCAAUGCUGCUACAAGAGGUCAUCGGCCUACAGAAGACCGUCGUCAACCAUGAGCACGUAAUGCAAAAUGUCAUGACCUUUUUGCACAACGUAGAUGCUCAACGGCGGCGCGACAGCAGGCUCGCAAAUCCUUUCAGCCAAAAUGGCAACCAAGCGCAGAAUGGAAACGUCGAAGCCCAGAACCAGCCUCUUGAGGAUGACAACCCUGCGUCACCUCUUCAACACGCUUCAAAGCUUCUUAGCGAAACAAAUGCGGACGUCAUGCUGAACCCAAGGAACUUGGAGCAUAUGAACGAGAUCACUAUGAGAAUGAACGGAACGCUGACCACCCCGCCGCCUGAUUUCAUACGGAAUGCUCGACCAGCAAGCCGCAGCGGUGGGCCACCUUCUGCAAGCUCGACCACCUCAGUGCGGCUUGGGGAUAUCGAUAACUUGGUCUACCCAGUGGGACAAACCAACGGCAUCGACCCCAUGUACAGUGAACACAUCAACAAUAUUCCAUACGGCAUGCCGCCAAAGGCUGCUGAAACGAACGACCCUCGCGUCCAGGAGAAUCGAAAGAAAAGCACCCAAGUUGACCCUGGGUGGGUUCGUCCUCCUCAAAUUUUACUUGUUGAAGACGAUCCGACUUGUCGCCGCAUCGGCAGCAAGUUCCUAUACGCGUUCCACUGCUCCAUCGACAGCGCACUCGACGGUCUCGAGGCGGUACGUAAAAUGAAUUCUGGCUCGAAAUACGACUUGAUUCUCAUGGACAUCAUCAUGCCCAACUUGGAUGGCGUCUCAGCUUGCCAUCUGAUCCGUCAGUUCGACAACACGCCCAUCAUCGCCAUGACAUCGAAUAUCCGGAGUGAUGAUAUCUCCAUGUAUUUCCAUCACGGAAUGAAUGACGUUCUUCCGAAGCCCUUCACGAAGGAAGGCCUGUUGCAGAUGCUCGAGAAACAUCUAGCACAUCUGAAGAAGCCCGUAGCGCAUUUGGACGGGAUGGUAGCGCCGCAGCCAUUAGCAACAACAAGGCAGGUCUUAAAGGAAGAAGAGUCGCCAGCGAAGUCCCCAGCAACGGCGAGCAACUGGAAUUCUCCAAACCAAAUGCCUGGCGUUUCCCCUGUUGGCAGCAACGUAACGGAUGAGUACAUGCAGGCUGUUCAAGGUCAUCCUGGAGCGUACGCCGUCAACCCCAUGCAGGGAAAUAUUGCCUAUAAUACAUCACCACAAAUGCCAAUGCAGGCACGACAACAACCCGGACACCGAAGACAGAUAUCGGACAUCUCCGGAGGAGACGACAUGAAUAACCCGGCUAAGCGACAGCAGAUUUCGUAUCGUGAAGUCGAGCUCCGCACCAACGCCAACCCCCGCCAUACCUCAACCCACGAGCUCCGCACCAUGCCGCCCAAAGGCAAGAAAGGUCAGUCGAAUGAGAAGUCCAAAGCUGGGGAAGAGGAGCGCGAUGAGCCGCUCCAGGCCGUGAUACUCGCAGACCCCUUCGAAACCCGCUUCAACCCAUUCACGCUCGAGCGCCCGCGGUGCCUGUUGCCCCUCGCGAAUACCCCGCUCAUUGAAUACACGUUCGAGUUCCUAGCCAACGCCGGCGUCGAAGAGGUUUUCGUAUACUGUGGGGCGCACAGGGAGCAAGUGGAAUACUACAUCAGACGCUCGAAAUGGUCGUCACGGUCCUCGCCCUUCUCCAAGCUGGAGCUCAUACAGUCGACAUCACACUCUAUCGGCGAUGCGAUGCGAGACCUGGAUACCCGAGGUAUUCUGGUCGGCGACUUCUUGCUGGUAUACGGAGAUGUAGUUAGUAACCUACCGCUGGAGUCGGCACUGGCUGCGCAUCGGGCGCGGCGCGCGAAGGACAAGAAUGCCAUCAUGACAAUGGUGCUACGAGAGGCCGGUACGACGCACAGAACAAAAGCGCAGGGGACAAGCCCGGUGUUCGUCAUCGAUCCCACCAAGGACCGGUGUCUGCACUUCGAGCAGAUGCCUAACAGAGAGCAGGCGCAUUUCCUGUCCAUGGACCCUGACCUUCUUUCCAGCCACCAGGAGAUCGAUAUCCGGCAAGACUUGAUCGACUGCGGGAUUGAUAUCUGCACGCCCGAUGUCCUCGCCCUAUGGAGUGACAACUUUGAUUUCCAAGCUCCCAGAAAAGGCUUCCUCCACAGCGUGCUCAAGGACUACGAGCUGAACGGCAAAACCAUUCACACGCAUAUCGUCUCUAAUCACUAUGCCGCACGUGUUAGAAAUCUCCAUGCGUACGAUUCCGUAAGCAAAGACAUAGUAUCGCGGUGGGCAUAUCCAUUGUGUCCGGACAGCAACCUCGUUCAGGGCCAGUCGUAUCGACUACAGAAGGGCAACAUCUACAAAGAGGAGGGUGUCAUAUUAGCGCGGGAUUGCAUGAUCCACCCCAAGACGGUCAUUGGCCGUGGGACUAGCAUCGGAGAUGGAAGCAUAAUAACGAACAGCAUCAUAGGCCGGCAUUGUUAUAUCGGCAAGGGGGUCAUGGUCGAUGGCGCAUACAUCUGGGAUCACGCAAGCAUCGGAGAUGGCUCUACAGUCAAGAAAGCUAUCAUUGCAAACGAAGGUUCAGUAGGAAAGAAGUGCACGAUUGAGCCUGGCGCACUCAUCUCUUACGGAGUCACCAUUGGCGACGGCAUGACGAUCCGAGAAGAGCAUAGAAUCACUAGAGCAAAGCGAAAGCGAGCACAUGGUGAAGAUCUCGUCAGAGGUGUACCGGAUACUGCAAUAGUUGGUCCUACCGGAGACGGCUUCGAAUUCCAAGAUUCCGACGAGGAGGAAGACGACGAGCUCGUGGAUGGUCUUAUCUCCGCAGGCCCUCUAUACAAGCUCGCGAAUCUCGCAAUGUCCGCUGAGUCAAUUUCCACGCUCAACAGCGAAUCUGAAGAGGAGUUCGAAAUUCGGCGGGAUCGGUCGGAAGCCAGCAGCUUCCUGUCUGUCGGUUCGCAGGACAGUCAACAUGCCGCUAAUUUCGACCACGAUGCUUCCGCGAGCAUUUAUGAUUCUCUUGUUGAAGGGCACGAGUCGGCCAACAUCCAACUAGAACUUACAGCACUUCGCAUGAGCACAAACGCCUCAGACCAUCAGGUCCGGCGCGCAGUCGUCGUUGCCUUCGUGAAACGAAUCACGGCAUUAAUCAAAUCAGGAACCAGCGUACGGGAUGCGGUAGCGCAAGUUUUGGGCCAGCACAAGGACUUGGUGGACCGCGCUAUAUUUGAUAAGAACGAAUCGAGCAAGGUUGAUCAGGUGGACUUCUUGAUGCUGCUGCAGGCGGACCUGGCCCAUCGAGACGCCGGCGACUCCAUUCUAUUGAGCGCGGCCACAAAGCUGAUAGAGUUAGACGCGAUAGAGGAGGACGGCAUGCUGCAGUGGUGGGCGGAUCCCAGAUCUUCGGAUGGCGAGGAUAUGGAGAAGGUGAAAGGCAAGACGCAGCAGUUGAUUGAUUUCCUAAACCAGUCAUCGGAGGAGGAGGACAGUGAAGAGGAUGACGACGACGACGAAGAGGAAGAGGAUUCUGACUAG